ACAGCUCAGGCACGGGAGGGUCACACUGUUCGUAGAUGCAAAAUAAUGACGCUGACAUCGAAUCGGACCUUAGGAUGGAUAAUAAUGUAGAGCAAGCAGCAAAAAGCCAAACAGCAGAUUCCACAGCAACAACAACCACACCAGCAGCUGCAGUCUCAGCCGGAGCAGUGAGCCCAGCAAGUGGAAACGUUGUGGCCAACGCGAACUCGACCUUUUGGAAAAACAGCGGACGACGGGUGCCCGGACGGCCAAGUCCCAAGCGGGAGCUCGAUAAGUCGGUCGGGGCCGGAGGUGCGGCAGUUGGUGGAAGAGGCGCUGGCCCCAACACCGGCAUGGUGUCCACCUUCCGGGACUACCAGCAGUCGGUUAGCGAUGCCUGGGACACGGGUGACGACGAGUUCUGCAUCAUUAGCAGCUCGGAGGCGGCGGCAGCGGCGGCCGUUGGAGCAGGCGGUGAUGGCGCUCGCAUUUCGCGCCAGGUGUCCCAGACCGUGGCCCUCAAUGUGAUCGAGACGCACUCGCGAAGCAAUCAAAAUCACAACGCAUCCAAGUCGGCAAGUGAUUGCAGCGCAGACCUAAUCUCGGGCAGUAGAAAUUCCUCAGACGAUACCAAGGAAGACCGUCGAUCGCUGCCGGACAGCAAUGAGAACAGAUCACGCUUGAGGAACUACCCAGGAAGGCCGCAGCUGCAAAAGAUCAGCUCGAACUGCCAGGACAGCGAAUACGAGACCAAGAUUGAGAAGUUCCAGGUGUUGCUAGACUCGCCGCAAUUGGAUUUGGUGGCUCUCAAGAAGAUCAGUUGGUCGGGAGUGCCGCGGAAGAUGCGCGCUGUCAGCUGGCGACUUCUCUCGAAAUAUCUGCCGCCGUCGAGUGAGCGGCGGAUGGCGGUGCUGGAGAGCAAGCGGCAGGGCUACCAGGACCUUAGACACAACUACUUCCGGGUGGACAGCCAAGACGAGACGCAACAGGACACGUACCGCCAGAUCCAUAUCGAUGUGCCGCGUAUGAAUCCGCAGAUACCGCUCUUCCAGCAGCAGCUCGUCCAGGAGAUGUUCGAGCGCGUCCUCUUCAUCUGGGCCAUCCGCCAUCCGGCCUCGGGCUAUGUUCAGGGCAUUAACGACCUGGUCACGCCCUUCUUCAUUGUCUUUCUCCAAGAGGCCCUGUCGCCGAACACGGAUCUCGAAAAGUACGACAUGUCGACGUUGCCCGAGGAGACGCGCAACAUCAUUGAGGCGGACUCGUUUUGGUGCCUCUCCAAGUUUCUCGACUGCAUACAGGACAACUACAUUUUUGCCCAGCUGGGCAUUCAGGAGAAGGUCAACCAACUCAAGGAUCUGAUACAACGCAUUGACGUGAAUCUGCACCGUCAUCUACAGACGCAUGGCGUCGACUAUUUGCAAUUCUCAUUUCGUUGGAUGAACAAUUUGCUGACACGCGAACUGCCGCUGCACUGCACCAUCCGGCUGUGGGACACAUAUCUGGCCGAAUCGGACGGCUUCGCCCUGUUCCAUUUAUACGUAUGCGCGGCAUUCUUGCUGCACUGGAAGGAACAGUUGAUGCAACAGAACGAUUUCCAGGGUCUCAUGCUGCUGCUACAAAAUCUGCCGACACACAACUGGUCCGAUCGCCAAAUCAACGUUUUGCUGGCCGAGGCAUUCCGCUUGAAGUUCACCUAUGCGGACGCGCCCAAGCACUUGGAGACGAAGAGUUGACAAAAGCAACACAAACAAUGCAUAUUAUACGUAACAUAGAGGUUUACAUAGUUUACUACGAUCUGCGGAAUAUACCUAUAUACAUACAACGUACGCUACAUACAUCUAAUAAUUAUAUACAAUUUGUUGUUUA